AUUUGAUAGAUUCAGGCAAUGCUAAUUAGAUGUACGAACAUGCUUGCAAACUCGGUUUUUUUUGCUUAUUAAUGGUGACAUCUUAGGUUAUUUGUCACUAUUUCUGCUGAUAUCAGCGUAUUACCAGAAACCUUUUUAUUCAACUGAUUUAAUAUUCAGUAAUGUCUGUAAUUUACGACCAAGAAAAAUCUACUUCUGUUUGGUGGGGAACUGCUAGCAAGACUCUACUUGCUGGCGGUAUUGCAGGAAUUGCUUCCCGUACUAUUGUAGCGCCUCUAGAACGAAUAAAAAUUAUCUUUCAAACUCAAGGUUCGCCGCCUAUGUAUACUGGAAUAGUGCAUGCCUUAAAAAAAAUUUUUAACGAAGAAGGUAUUUCUGGAUACUUCAAGGGGAACGGUGUCAACUGUAUUCGUAUAUUUCCUACCUCAUCCCUUCAAUUUUAUUUUUUUGAAACUUACAAGACUAUCGCUCUCAAACACUUUCACGAUCAGCAGGACCUGAAUCCCGUACAACGCCUCUUUGCGGGUGGGGCUGCUGGAAUUAGUACAUUACUAAUCGUUUAUCCCUUUGAAUUCAUCCGAUGUAGACUUGCACUACAGAAAACUAAAAUUUACAGUGGGAUGUGGGACUGCCUUGUGAGCACAAUGAGAAAAGAAGGGUACUUAUCAAUAUACAAGGGACUCUGGCCGAGCAUUUUAGGGGUUGUACCCUAUGUUGGAAUGGAUUUUGCUGUUUAUGAAACAUUGAAACAAUAUAGUAAUAAACAAUCAGAUGGCUCCUUAAAAAAUAUUAUUAUACUAGCUAACGGCGCUAUAGCGGGAACAAUAGCUCAAACCAUAUCGUAUCCAUUAGAUUUGAUCAGAAGAAAGUUUCAAAUCCAAGGAUUUGAAUCCGAAAUUGUCGAAAGGAACGUUUAUUACACAGGAGUAUGGGAUGCUGUCAAGAAGAUAUAUGUUAAAGAAGGCUUUCUUGGAUUUUAUAAAGGCCUUCUUUUAAAUUUCAUAAAGCUCGUGCCAGCCAUCUCUGUCAGCUUCUUUGUCUAUGAAAAGAUGAAGAUCUUGUUGAAAAUUCCUACAAGACAUCCAAUUAUCGUCUCAAGCAAAGAUGAAGAAAAAAAUACGUAGCUUUUUUUUUUUUAGAGAACAAGAUGAAACAUUUUCGCUGAAAGCCACUGAUUUUAGGCAAUUCUGUGCUUAAAUUAAAUUUUGAAGUUUAUACACUUAGCUCCCUAGUUUGAAGAGCACAUAUAUAAUAAAAGGGCCCACAGAGAUCACCUCCACUUCUAAUUGAUAUAAAAUAAGCACACUGAGUGCCAUUA